AUGAGUUGUGCCAGAUUAGACUACAGAACAGUCCCAGCAACAGUUCCAAGCUUGUUUCAGUGGUGUUUUUGCCUUUUCGAAAUAUUAAUUCCAAUCAAAUUUCUCUCUGUUUUAGAGCAAAGAACCACUCAGCAGGGUCAGGUCUAUUUCCUCCACACACAGACUGGAGUCAGCACCUGGCAUGACCCCCGAGUGCCCAGGGACCUAAGCAAUGUGAACUGUGAGGAGCUGGGCCCACUGCCACCAGGCUGGGAGAUCCGAAACACAGCCACCGGCCGCGUCUACUUUGUUGACCACAACAAUCGAACAACUCAGUUCACAGACCCGCGACUAUCUGCUAACCUGCAUCUAGUACUCAACCCAAGUCCAAAUGGUUCCCGUGUGGCCAUGGACAGCCAAAACACUAACCUCAGGUAACCCACACA